GUGCAAAAGGAGGCAGCUGUUUGACUGUCCUCCGUGAUGCUUCGACUAAUGAGCGGUUGUUCGGGAAACCUGCACACGACAAUUUUUGCAGCUUUGCCUAUGUGUGCUUUGGGCUGACUUGUCCAUUGAAGCCGGGUGCCCCUGAAUUCCCACUGCUGCCGCUACCAGCCGAGGAGGUGCUCUUUGCAGCGGAGGAGGGCACUUCCACGUGCUCCAAGCUGAUGGACAACAGCUGUGCUGCAGCCUAUCAGCAGGCUGAGCUUGAUUGCGCACGUGACCCUCACAGCAGGAACGUUUGGGAUGGUGCCAAGCAGGGCCUCUGCCCGAGAUGUCAGAAGCUUGUGAAGGCAUACCACUACUUGACCAGCCUUUGCAAAACCGGCGGAGACUUCUCCAUGGAAGCCCUCAAAAGGCAUUUCUUGGAGAGGCCUACCUGGCAAGAAAGGGUGGCCACCGGGCGCUUCCUGGCAGAACGUCGCGAGAUGGGACGACUCUUUGAGCGCGAUGUGCAGGACCUGCUGCAGAAGGCGCGAAAGUCCUGCAAGGUGCUGAAGGACGAGAAGCGCCGCAGACGAGCGCAGCUGCAGCGGCGACAGGAAGGAAGACCUGAGGUCGAGGAGGAAGAGGAGGGAAACCAUGAGGAGGCGGAAGAGGAGGCCAUGACAGUGGAUGACGUUGUGGAGGUGCAGGAGGCCUCUGGCGAGAAGUUCAUACGAAGUUUCUUCUCCUUGUCAACCUUUCCCAGGGAGACCUUGCCGACGGAGAAUGUCGCGGAGAAAGACAAGUUCGAGCUUCCAGUGGUGUCUGGGGUUCCACCUCCUGGGGUGCCUCGCCACUCGGUCGAGUCUCUGAAACUGCGUGAGAAGGCAAGGAAGCUGGCUCUCAAGCAAAGGUAUGCUGAGGCGGCAAAGCUGCAAAAGAAAGCUGAACGCUUGGAGGCUGAGUGGAUUGCCUCAAAGUAUCAAGCCUCCGAGAGGAAGGAGACCGACCGACUGGAGGAGAGGCAUGCGUUGGAGAAGCUAAGAUUAGAAGAGCGUUUGGAAUGCCAGGAAGCAAAGUUGGUGGAGCAAUCAUUGCGGUCGCAGCAACUCAUGCUGCUGCGCCACGACUGCAGCGCCGCGCGAUUGGUUGCCAGGCAGCAGCGGGCUUGGACUGCCUUGGGCGGUUCCGUAAAAAGUCUGGAGCAGGCUCUGCGAUCUGCAGCAGGGCGUCCCCGCGCAAAUGAGGAAAGCGACUGCUGCAAGAUGCGGCGGUCUGCUUCUGCACCAGCUGGAAGGCGCCGACCCAAGUCUGCCAUGGUUUGA